AUUUCGACCGGCUGUCAUUUCGCCAAUAUAAAAAAUCUGAAAAAAUCGAAAAAGAAAUUUACAAGGUUUAUAGAAAAUUUAGAAGAACAAACUUAAAUGAAAUUCAUAAAAAAAAAUUUGAAGUCGAAUGAGAACAAAACAUAAUCUAAUAAAAAAUCUAUAAUAUCAUGUAGGUACUUAUUAUAACAAGAAGAUAUAAUUGUACAAAAUGUUUCCAACAAAUCACAAAACAAUAUUUGUUUUGGAUCACACGCCAUACUUCGGCAUUUCUUCUGAUUAUCCAAUCGAUUUUGAUAGUUCCAAAAGUCGAGGACCUGGUUACGUUCCAUUGCCACCCGUUUGUAAAUCCUUAUGGACCUGCAGUGUUGAGGCUGCUGUUGAGUACUGUCGUAUCGUAUGGGAUCUAUUUCCUGAAGGAAAAUUGGUCCGAUUUGUAGUCAGCGAUUCAGUAGCCCACAUUUUAAACACAUGGGCAGUGAGUCAACAGAAUUUGACACAUAUCCUAAAUGGAUUAUGUCUGGUGGGCCCGGUGCGGCGAGGGGCCGGAGGUGAUGUGGUUGGUCUCUGUGCAGCAAUUGAAUCACUAGGAGAACCAUCACCCACACAGUCUUCUAGACCUGCUUCUGAACAUUUUCAGAAUAGAGGUCGCGUAAUAUGCAUUACAAGUGCCAGAGAUGAUGAUUCCAUAAGAAGUUUAGCAGAGAUCGCUCUAAAUGCUCUGCUACAACAGAACAAGAAGGCUUCGAUAAUAACAACAACACCAGCUAGUCCUGAUGCCUCUAAUUCUCCACAACCUUUAGUAGUACAUUACUGCCAUCUGGUAAUAAUAAAUGUCACCCCAGAAAAGGCUGAAACAAGAGUCAACAAUCAACCAAUUACAGAGAUGGGCGGCGGUCUAAUGGGUGUGGAAGUGAGAGUAACCCGAGCGAGCGAGUUGGCCAACUUACUCGCCAAGCUUGUGUUGCCACAUUACAGGCUUGCCACCACCACGGUCACCGGCAUCCCUAUGAAGGAAGAACAAAACGCGAGUUCAAGUGCGAAUUACGACGUGGAAAUAAUCCACUCGGCGGAGGCCCAUGCGGGGCUAAGGGCUGCGCAAACUGCCGCCGAGGCUGCAGAAUCGGUGGUGCUGCGGUGGUGGACGCCGCGCGGCGCGGAGGGGGGCGCGGGGGGCUGCAGCGGGCCGCUGUGGCGGGUGACGCCCGCCGACGUGGCCUCGAGGCCCUCCGCCUGCCUCGUCAACUUCCUGCUCAACGGCCGCUCCGUCACCUUGGAGCUACCCAGGAAGGGCGGAGGCAGAUCGGCCUCCCACGUGCUAGCGGCGCAGGGCGGGGAGCUGUGGAUCGGCGCGCUGGGCGGCCGCACGCCCUACGACGACCCGCCCGCGCUGUCCGAGGGCGCGGGCGGCCGCGUCACCGACUACAGGAUAAAAGAAUUCGGCGCUCUAAUGCAACAGAAUAAACUACAUCCGUUACGCGGAGCCGGCGCUAACGCACGGGCGCGGGCGAGAUUACAAAGACAUACGACAUACUGGCCACUCACUAUUUCAUCCACACUAAUAUUCAACUUGGGUUCUGUGAUGGAACCUCUCACUCGUUUGGUCGUCCAAGAAUCACUAACAGACGAUGAAGUGGACACGUGCCGCAAUGUGCUGCUAUCGCUGGUUGGCAUGGAGUCGAGACACGAGUUCCCUUCCUCACAACUUUCAUCCAACAUGAGGGGUAAGUCGAGCGCCCGGCGCGAGGAGCAGUGGCGGCAGGUGUGGGCGGAGCUGGAGGCGCUCGUGCGCGCGCACGCGGCUGCGCCUGCGCACCGCGCGCUGCUGCGCGUGCUGCUCGACUGCCGCGCGCACAACAACCACGCGGACGGUGAAUCUCGUGCAACUGUGAUUCGUGCAACCACAGAUUCGCCGCUGUCUCCGGUGGGGUCCGGCGCCGGCGCCGGGGCCGGGGACGUGUGGGCGCCGAGGAACGUGUUGGACGCCCUGCUGGGGCCCCCGAGGCCCCCGCGGAGGCCCGACUUCGCGGGUCGCAUGGCCGCCGGCACCCGCCCCGCGACGCUGUACACUCACUUGCAACAAGACGUCGAGCCACAACACUAGUUUUGUAAGUGUAGGGUUGUCGAUUUUAAGCUAGAUUUAAGGUUGAUUAUAUAAAUGAAUUUUUAACAAU